GACACUUGUGGGAGUAAUGUGACAGUUGCUGGCCAGUGACUGGAGUCGACGUAGCUCUGUAUCACAGACUGUCAUGCAUAUCAACGCACAGGAGCACAUUCUCUGGCUGAAGCCUGCACGACAGUUGAGAAAAAGAAUUGAGGAAAAAAAUGUUUUCCCAUUGUCUCCAGCACAGAGGUGCUGCGAUCCUGCUGCAGCCCUGAUGAGCACCGGCGAAUUAUUCCACCAUCCCAUUAGUAGACGGAUGGGUGGUGCCCCAAAUCACUGAGGGGAGGAAAAACAAGACACAAGGAGUGAAAUGCGAGUGAAAGACACCUGAACACCCUGGGCAACAUCUCUGCAGCACUUCUUCAAUGUCUUCCUGGGAGGAGGUUCCGGACCUGCAGCUCAGCUCCGUCUUUGGAAACAGUGUUGUCAAACCACAGGCGCCUUUCUUUCUGCCUGUGGAUGCCGAGCCCCAGGAGCUUGCUGAAUAUUAUCUUAUCGAGACGUUGUGUCUGAGCAAAACAGAACUAAAAUGUGUUCCAGAGAGUAUUUUCAAAAAUAGCACGCUUAAGUAUUUAUAUCUCAAAGGCAACCAGAUAUCCAGUAUCCCGUCUCCAUUGUUUAUCAGCCUGCCCAACCUGCAGUGGCUGGACCUCAGAAAUAACCUAAUUCCAUCGCUCCCUGCUGAAAUUGGCUCGCACAGGUCUCUGAAAACAUUACUAUUAGAAGGGAAUCCUAUCUCCGAACUGCCACCAGAGUUGGGAAAUGUGAUAACCCUCAAAGGCUUGAACUUGAGGAACUGCCCCCUCAGUUUCCCUCCACAAGACAUUGUAGACCAAGGGGUCCAGGUGAUCCUCCAGUGCCUGAGGGGUGCCAUGGCUGAGCGACAAGUCAGCACAAGGAAGGCCCCUCCAGAGCUGCCAGUGGUGGAGAAGUUACAACUGUCAGAGCUGAUGGGUCCCAGUAUGGAGGAGCAGGAUGAGGUCGAGCUGCAGAAGUUCAAAGAGCUAAAACACAAGAUGAUCCUACUGGACAAAGCUGAGCUGAGCCCAACAGCACAGGGUGACGGAAACCCAAAGUCACGUCUUGGUCCCAUUACCAAAAGAGGAGACCAGGCGUUCAGAAUCUCCCGAGCCGUCUCCACUGGGACUCGGGAGCUCGGGAGAGCAACAAAAAGUAAAGCAUUUUGUUUCAAUUUAUUUGUCAGAAAAAAGGCCACAACCACGGCCGACAUGAUUCCCGAGCUCAGCCUGUUCAACUCUCAACAGUGGAGGAGGCCAGAAGAGAGGAGACAGGCUGCAGUGAAAGAGAGGAAAGAGAAACAGGCUAUUCUCGAGCAGGGGAGAACAAGUCAAGAGGCUCUUCAGAAAUGGCACGCACACGCCAAGAUCACACAGGAGAAGAAAGUGGCCGAGCACAGGCAGAAGAAGAAUGAACGGCAAAGAAAGCGAGAGGAAGCAGAAUCAGAUUUAAAACCAGGUGUGUGGGGAAGCAGUGAUACUCCCCAGAGGCAGACAUCCAGCAUCGCCAUUACAGACUGGGAGGAGGACAGAUCGGCCCAGGAGCUAAGGCGGCAGAUCCGUGCCCGUGCUGAGAAGAUAGAGGACAGACGCAGGAAUCCCACGGGCACCGCCAGCGAGCAGAUGGCAGCAGCGGAGCAAGAUGUGGAAGAGAUGACAAAGCUACAAAUGCGGCUUCUAGGGCGGAACAGAAGUCGGGGAAGAGAUCAUGGGAAAUGUUUCACCCUCUUCACUGGAGACACCUGGUUGAGUUUCACUGACAAGUGACACAAAGCGUACAUUUCUUCUGUUUGGGUUUUUGUGUGUGCACUGAUUUCAUACUCAAAAGUGAAUGUAAAGAUGAAUCUCUUUAAAAUAAAGAUCACAAGGCUGUUGAGUAAGUGUUUUGAGAUA